CAUCUUUUUCUGGCCGCGUUCUAUGGAUGCGUCUUACACGGCGGCUCCCCGUAGCACCCCAGUAACGCGAAGGAGGCUAUUGCAUGUGCGUAUCGCCUUGCCCCCAAGCCUCCGCCAUGCCGCGCCUGGGACCAACCACUCACGGAAUGCCUCGUCGCUGAUCAAAGAGGGGAGGGAUGAAGCCUCGCACCACAACGGGGACCGAGUCGUGCGGGCAGAGAAGGGGGCGGGGUGUGAGGCGAGAAGCCCACCAACCCGCGCCGCCACAACACACGGUGACGACGACGGCGCCAGGCUCACUACCGUGCGUUGCCCUCUGCAGCUGGCAUGGACCGACGCAAGGACUCUGCGCUCUUUCAGGGGGCGACGGCGGCGGCGACGAUUAUAUACAGAGUCUCCUGUAUUUCGCUGCAGCCUGGUCGAGCACGUCGGGGGAGACGACGGCGCGCGCGAGAGAGAGGGGGGCUUUGUGGUCCCGUCUGGCCAACAAUGAUGGCAUCCUGCCGGGGACGUGGCCUGGCCUGAUCCGAUGGGACCGGCCUUGUCCAUUGUGCGGCUCCCCGUGAGAAGGGCAUGGCGCCAUUUCGAGGGCAGAGAGAGAGCGAGAGGGUGUCUGACCUGGACGAGGGUCUCGUCGGCUUCCUGGCCAUGUGGGCAAUUUUUGGCAUCGUUGGCUGCGAACCCCGGCUUGGGUUGGGACGGACUUUGGCGCGGCUGGCUGAUCUAGUACUACCGUCCGGUAACUAUCUGAUGGCUGCUUUGGCAGCCGCAGCUGCACCACCACCCAUUGCGGCUCACCCGCUCGACCCCAAUGUUGGCCCGUCUUACCAUCUGCCCGCGCCCACUCACUCCGUCGUGGGGUGGUCGCUUGGCUGGCCUUGCUGGUCAGCUUUUCCUCUGCCCUGUGCGCACUUGUCAAGUCUUUCGACGACGUCGUCGUCUCUGCUUCCUUCAAGAACAGGUUGGCGCUUGUCGACCUGUCACGGAAUCGCUCCACGUCUCACGGCGACGUCGCUGGUGGUGAAGGAGGUGACUGACACGGACUUCACACUUACACAUACGAAUACACGCACACGCCCACGUCCUUCAAACCCCUACUCUGCCGUCCCUGGGCACUGGUGCUGGUCCAGCACGCUCAUGCGCACUCUCACAACAGAGUCCCCGACACGAGAGCAAGACGCGCGCGCCUGGCUGGCCAAGCCAACUAACUCGCGAUAUGAAUAUGAUGGCGGACCAGGCACCGCCCAUGGACGCGCGACAAUUUGGGUCUGGUUCCGACCAGGGCAGGGGCUCACAGGAUCUGCAACCGUCACAUGUGGCCGCAUCUCCCACGACGACCUUCAACCCAGGAGCCGAUGUGCAGCAUACAACGGCGGCCGCGCCCGCACCAGCUGCGUCAAACACGUCGGCCUUUAGGUUCGAUAUCGCCACCAAGACCGCCCCCGCCGAUCGCAUCUUGAGCGCCCCCAGACAGCCUCGAUACUUCUUCGGCUACACCCGUGCCAACGACAGCAUCCAAUUCAAGGACGUCCAAUGGCUAUCCAGGGCUUCGGUCUCCGAUGAUUACCAGCGGUUUGCUCCAACAAGCUCCCAACCCCAGACCCUCAUUGAGUGGGAUGACAACAGCGCCUUAUUGUACCUCGAUAGGUUGCCACAGGUCAACGCUGGCACAAGAGGCAGCAUGUCAAUACGAUCCGAAGGUGGCAGUCCGUACAGGAAGGAAAUGGUGAUCCGCAUCAGCUGGUUUUAUAACGGGACCCAGGGCUACUCACAGUCUGGGAUAUUCACGGUGACGCCGGACGUCAUCGAUCAAGACCUCUUGAACGAUGUAAAGGUAUGGUUGGACGCGCCCAGCGGCGCCACAGCUCCCGAUGUGAUCGUCAGCCCCCAAGCAUCAAGCCAAGCGCCAGGUGCCACCCAAACACCCCAAUUCAACCCGGCGCCACCGACAGGAAGUAGCAGCAGCAUCAGCGAGGACAGCGGCAGCGGCGGCGGCAUCUCCCCUGGCGCUAUUGCAGGAAUCGCAGUCGGAGGCGCCCUCGUCUUGGCUCUCAUCGCCGCUCUGGCGUGGUUCCUUCUGCGUCGCCGCCGCCGCCGCAGCCAGAACCAGCAAGCUGGUGACUACAAGCAGGGCCUUCAAACGCCAAACGCUGCCUACCUCGACGACAAGGAUAUGCGCACCGGUCAGAUAGCCGACUCGCCGCGAUCCCCGUACUCGGAAGAUGGCCAGGGUGUUCCGCAUCUUGCGGCCCUUCCCGCUGCCGCGACGGCACCGCUGGCACUUUACGCCCCCACCGCCCGCGACGGCGCCGAGCACCGUCACAGCACAACCGCCGCCAGCUUUGGGCCCUACAGGCCAGACGCGGCGGCGAGCCGGGGCAACCUCACCGACACCGAUGUCCCUUCCUCGGCCCCGCUAAGCGUGUCCCACAACGUGGCCCAUCUCGUUGAAGAGGGCAUGACCGAGGACCAGAUCCGCCGGCUUGAGGAGGAAGAACGGCAACUAGACGAUGAGAUUGAGCGCGCGGGGAGGCGUUGA